GUCAUUAUUUGUAGGGCAUUAAAUUUGAGGAUGGCUGAUGCAAUAAGUGGAUGAGUUUAAUUUUUGCGUAAAGCGAUUGUACUCUUGAUUGAAUAUAAAUUUCAACACAUUUUACAAAAACGAUAAACUUCCAUAAAACAAAACCCCUUUCUCGUCGAGAAUAUGCCGAGCACCACCACUUCACCGAAGCACUUCGUGCUAGUUCAUGGCCUAUCCCACGGAGCAUGGUGCUGGUACAAGGUCGUGAGCAACCUGCAAUCUGCCGGCCACCGUGUGACGGCGGUGGACCUUGGUGGUUGUGGGGUGCACCCAAGUCGACCUGAGGAAAUAGCCACCUUCUCCGAUUAUGUACAUCCACUGAUUCAGUUUAUGGAGUCGUUAUCUGGCGAUGAAAGGGUGGUGUUAGUUGGGCACAGCUUUGGCGGACUUGCUAUCUCCGUCGCCAUGGAGAAGUUUUCACACAUUGUGUCAGCUGCCAUUUUCAUCACCGCCUACAUGCCCAAUUGCAGGGAUCCACCAGCACUCCAGAUGAAACAGUACUUCAAGAAUUUGAAGCCGGAAACUUAUAUGGAUAGUCGGUUCACGUUCAAAGAUGGGUUGCCGGUGUCGGCGGAACUAGGAUGCGAUUACAUGGCCACCAUGAUGUACCGGAGUUGCCAAUCGGAGGAUUUAGCAUUGGCAAAGAUGUUGAUAAGACCGAGUAGGUUAUUCUUGGAGGACAUGAGCAUGGAUUCUAUUCUGACCGAAAACAAAUAUGGAUCGAUUAAGAGGGUUUAUGUAAUAUGCGAGAAAGACCAGGUGAUGGAUGAAGAAUUUCAAAAAUUCGUCGUUGAAGACAGCCCCCCAGAUGAAGUAAAAUCCAUUCCUGAAGCUGGUCAUAUGAUCAUGUUAUCAAAACCGAAUGAUUUAGCCCUCUAUUUACAAGAAAUUGCUAAUACAUACCCAUAAAUUUCGUGCUUAUAUAUAAGGCUUGAAUGAGUGGAUAGCAAAGAGGCAUCGCAAGAGUGUGGUGGUAAGGAAUUGGCUGAGUGGGUGUGAGUCCAGAUGGCCAAAAAAGUCUCUUGUCAUAUAAUAAAUGUUUGUCAAAGGUGAAUCACAAAAAUACAUAUUUUGGAAUAGUGGUGAUGUGAUGUUAUUUAAGAUUUGUUUCACCUCAUAUGAUCAUUGUUAGCUUAAUUCAUGGUAGCUUGUCAACACUUUCUUGUCGGUGGCACCUGUGUAUGAAUUCUAGUGUCAUAUCAACUUGGUAAUUUUUUUCAUAUAUGUAAAUCUGUUUUGGAGUUAGUAGGAUUUUCAAGAAGUGGGCGCUUGCUUGAUUCAGAAAGUGCAAGAAGUGUUG